GAAACUCCAUUAUAAGAAGAAAAGGGGGCGACAUUGCUUCAAGCCAAAAAAACAAAGAACAAAAAAUGGAGGAAAAAUGGGUUGGAGCAAUUGUAUUGUUGGUUUUGGUAAGUGGAUGGUAUUGUUCUUGUUGUUGUGGGUGUUUGGAGGAAGAGAGAAUUGCCCUCUUAAACCUCAAACAUUCAAUCCCUCCCCCAACCGACUAUGUUCUAGCAUCUUGGGGUGGGCAUGGUGAUUGUUGUAAAUGGGAUGGGAUUGAAUGCAAUAUCACAACAAAGAGAGUGUUUCAGCUUUCUCUUAAUCAUACUAGGGGUUGGGAUGUUAAGGGUUGGUAUUUGAAUUCUUCUUUGUUUUCACCCUUGGAAGAGUUGAAGAGUCUUUUCUUAUGGGACAAUAGCAUUUUUGGCUUCAUGAAGAAUGAAGGUCUAGAAAAGUUGUCAAGCUUAAGCAAUUUGGAGGUUCUUGAUUUGAGUUAUAAUCGAUUAAACAAUAGCAUCUUAUCAUCUUUGGCAAGUCUUUCAUCCUUAAAAGUGUUAAAUCUAGCUGGCAAUCAGAUGGAAGGAAGUCUCCAUAUUCCAGGUGUUAAAAGACCACUGGGAUUGAGUAAUUUGGAAGUGCUUGAUUUGAGUGAUAAUUCUUUCAACAACACAAUUUUAUCUUCCCUAAAAGGGCUUUCAUCUCUCAGGAGUCUCGAUUUGGGUUGGAACCAAUUAAAAGGAAUACUAAAUAUUAAAGAACUAGUUGGUUUAAAUGAGUUGAAGGAGCUUGAUUUAAGUAACAAUAAUGUGGAAAGUUUUGUGGCUCCCAAAGGCAUUAAAAGACCACUGGGCCUAAGUAAUUUAGAAGUGCUUCAUCUGUACAAUAAUUCUUUCAGUAACACAGCUUUAUCUUCCUUAAGAGGGCUUCCAUCUCUCAAGAUUCUUGAUUUGAGUGAGAACAAAUUAAAAGGAGUGCUAAAUGUUGAAGAAUUAGUUGGUUUAAACGAGUUGAAGGAGCUAGAUUUAAGCUACAAUAAUGUGGAAAGUUUUGUGGCUCCAAAAGUUGCUCUAAACAAUUUGAAGGAGUUGGAUUUAAGCUAUAAUGAAAUGGAAGGUUUUGUGGCUCCUGAAGAUGCGAGAAGUUCAAGUCUGCUAGAAGUCCUACAUCUAAGCGAGAACAACAACACUUGUGGAAGUUGUCUAGUACAGUCAAUCAGGGCAUUCCCUUUAAUUAAGACCCUUGAUCUUAGUUUCAGUACGUCUAUAGAACCAGUGACUACUAUAGAUGGUCACACUUUUAAGGAGUUGGAAGUAUUGCUUUUGGAUGGAUCUUCUCUUCACAAUAAUUUUCUCCAAAGCAUUGGAACACUAAACUCUGUUAAAGUUUUGUCUAUGCCCUUUUGUGAGCUCAAUGGAACUUUGUCCAGUCAAGGAUGGUGUAAACUAAAGAACCUUGAAGAGUUAGAUUUAAGUGGAAAUAAUUUUCAAGGAAUGCUUCCCUCUUGUUUGGGAAACUUGUCAUAUCUUCUGGUGAUGGAUAUAUCAUACAACCAUUUCACAGGAAAUAUUGCCACUAGCCCUCUUACCAAUCUAAAAUCACUUGAAUAUCUCUCGUUUUCAAGAAACAAUUUUCAAGUACCAGUUUCCUUUGGGAUGUUUUCCAACCACUCCAAGCUUAAGGUCCUUCUUGGCGAUGACAACAAUUUAAUGCUAGAACCUCUCCUUCAUACUCCAACUCCAAAGUUCCAACUCAUAUUUUUGAGUUUGUCUUACCUUGCAUUAAAAGAACCUCCCUACUUCCUCCAUCACCAAAAUGUCCUUAGUCAAUACUCUGGCCCAAUGAUAUAUUCAUUGUCAGACAUAGGGGGGAAAAAGCUGCUAAAGGAUUACUAUGGCUUCAUACCAUAUAUAAAUGAGUUAAUUGAAGUGGAGGAUUGGGUAGAGUUUACAACAAAGAGCAUGUCAUAUGUUUACAAUGGAAGCAUCCUUCGUUACAUGUCAGGUAUUGAUUUAUCUCGCAACCAGCUCACAGGAAGGAUCCCACUUGAAAUUGGAUACUUGAAUGGGAUACAUGCACUAAACUUGUCACACAACAAGCUAAUAGGGCCAAUUCCCUCUACAUUUUUAAACCUUAAGCAGAUUGAAAGUUUGGACCUCUCCUACAACAAUUUGAAUGGAAGAAUCCCCCCUCAGUUGACUGAGCUAAACAACCUAGCUGUGUUUUUUGUUGCACACAACAACUUAUCAGGACCAAUCCCUGAUCAAAAAGCUCAAUUUGGGACCUUUGAUGAAAGCAGCUAUGAAGGAAAUCUUUUCCUCUGCGGAGCUCCACUGCAAAUCAACUGCGCCAAAAUUGAAUCACCAUCAGUGACCAAUCUCUCCAAUUAUGACAGGGAAAACAAUGGUUUUAUUGACAUGACUGUUUUUUACUGGAGCUUUGUGGUGGCUUAUGUUGCAAUCUUGAUGGCAAUCACAGCAAUUCUACACAUAAAUCCUUAUUGGAGACAGAAAUGGUUUUACUUCAUUGAAGUUUGCAUCACUUCUUGUUACUACUUUGUUCUGGACAACUUUUGUUGGUUUUCCAAAACAAUCAUUUAACCUCUAUAGAGUCAAGACUCAAGAGUGACUGCUAAUUAGAAUUGUAAGAGAAAAUGAGUAUUCAAGGGGUAGCCUUGGAUUCAAAUGAUCUUAAUGCAAACUUUGAUAUUGAAGUUUCCCUCUAAUAAAGUUCAUCACACUAA